AUGGGAACACUGGCCAAGCUCAUCGAACGGGUGCUGCGGUUCGGCGCAGCUGUCCGUGCCUGGGUGAAGCGCUUGCGCCAGCGGCAGCCCAAGUCUUCCGAGACCGUCGCUGAGGCCACCGGCGUCGAUCUGAUCUCCCGGCUGUCGGACGAACUGCUGCUGGAGUGGGGUACCAACGCCGAGGUGUGGUCCACCGAGCGGCGCGGGCGGGUCUGCGUGCUUGACACCGACAGUGCGUUCUGUCUGGCGCGCGUCUUCAGCGAGCGCGCCAUGACCACGUCGACCGACCACGCGGCGCGUGUGUGGUGCCUGAUCACCGGCCGGCUGCUCUGUGUCAUGCCGGGCCACACGGCACCCAUCGAAGCGUUCGACCUGAGCGGGGCGUUUGCGGUGACGGGUGCCGCCGACCGGCGCAUCGGCUGCUGGGACGCUGAGACGGGCCUCUGCCGCGGCCUGCUCGAGGGCCACGCCUCGCCGCCCGUGAAGGUCAGGGUCCGCUGCUGGCGGCUGCCCUCGCUCGAACCGCUCUUCACCGCGCGCGUCUGCCUCCUGCCCGCCUACCGGAUCGUGCUGGAGCACAGCCUGCUGUUCGUGCAGGGUGAUGAACUGCUGCGCGUGUACGACGUCGAGACGGGCCAGCUGCACGAGAGCAAGCCGCUGCCGCGACUGGCGAGGGAGAUGAUGCGCGUGCACCGCGACCGGCUGCUCAGCCUUACCUACGACGAGGAUGGGGAGCUGAGCUUUCAUGUGGUGCAUGUGUAG